AUGGAUGAGCCGUGGCUGCACAAUUACAUCCCGGCAGGUUGCCUCCGGUUUUCUGCAGACGACAACAACCCCAUACCGGCGGCAUUCUGGGCUUUGCCCGAAGUCCAAAUUUGGAAGUCUUUCACUCUUGACAACGAUGCUAUUCCUAACGCACUUUCCCUCUCCCAAACGUAUCAAGCGGCACUCUUCGGCACUCGGACCCUUCAACCCUUAGAGUGCUUGUUUCGCCAUCGCUGGAUCCAGCUUCAAGUCAAAGCCGAAGCUCGACUCGUCCGAGUCUACAUCUUCCCCCACGAUCUGGACAGCCGCGUCAUCGAUCGCCGAGAUGCCAAAUUGACUAAGGCUCUGGGUUUGCUCUUGACUCAACUCGACUUUUCGCCAAGCGCAUGGGGCGGUUCAAGCAAUUCGCCCAUUUGGUCCCAUCCACUUCCUAUUGGCGAUGACGGAACUCAAAUUGAGGAGGACGAGGAUAACUGCUCACUCUUGGAAAGAUUCAAUAAUGUGCCCUCGCCCAAUCCACGUUUGGACGCUGUUUCCCGUGAUGAUGCUACUCUCAUGCAGGCUGUCUUAGAUAGUCAAAUCCCGGGGCUUCAAACCACACUCUACCCGUAUCAAAGACGGUCAGCUGCCCUCAUGCUUCAACGAGAGCUUCAGCCUGGCCGAAUCAUUGACCCCAGGCUUCGGGCUGCUUUGGACCAACGAAAGGAACAGUGGUUCUUUGACACCAUUACAGGCACCGUCUUCAGAACUCCGCGUUACUAUGAUGGAGCUCGCGGGGGGAUACUUGCCGAAGAGAUGGGUACCGGCAAGACCAUCAUCUGCCUAGCCUUGAUUCUUGCCACCAAAUUUUGGCCCACAACACCUCCUGAGCCGCUCUCAGUUGACAUACCCGUGAGGCGCAAGAUGACUAGCCUUGUCGACAUGGCUGCUGCCGCUGUCAACCGACAUUCGUACCCGUGGAAGCUCUGGGCGGACAGGAUCCCGGAGAAUUGCAUCGGGCCACUGGAAUCCCGCGAGAAUAUUGCAUUUUACGAAGUUAGAAAUCCCUUGGUCGAAGCACGGAAGGGAUCUCGUGUUAAGACAAAACCGCAACCAGCUCGGAAAGUGCAUCUCAGCAGCACUACUCUGAUCAUUGUUCCGCCCAAUCUCGUGCAACAAUGGCAACACGAAAUCAAGAAACACACGACCGGUCUGAAGGUGAUUACAAUUGAAGAGAUGAAGGACCAUAUUCCGCCAGUAUCUAUUUUAUUGGCGCAUGACGUUGUUCUUUUCGCGCACAAUCGUUUCGAGAAGAUCGAGAGAGAAAGAUCUGCCCACUGCCCUCUAGAAUAUAUUCGCUUCAAGCGAUGUAUCAUCGACGAAGGCCACAAGCUUGGCAAUGGCUCGGGCCAAUGGAAAAGCGAUUUGAUGAAAGUUAUCGAUAAUCUCGAGAUAGUGUCGCGCUGGAUUGUCACUGGUACGCCGUCGCGAGGUCUCUACGGUGUUGACCAAAAGGUCGGCGAGAAUGGCACGAGGCCCAACAGGAGUAGGGAAGGCAAUAACUUGGACAUUGAAGGCCUACAAGAGCAACAGGACCUGACUCGGAUCGGCAACAUCGCCUCCAAGUUUCUCAAAAUUCGGCCAUGGUGCAACACCAGAGAAGAGGUUGGCGACACGGUGGCCGAUUGGGCUGUCUAUGUGAUGCAGCCAAAACACAGCAAAAAGAGUGCCGGUCGCAAGGAUUGUCUGAAGACAACGCUCGAAUCACUUAUUAUCCGUCAUCGCCUAUCCGACGUCAACGCAUUGCUUCCGCCAGUGGACGAAAAGAUUGUCGUCCUCGACGGUUCCUACCAAGAUCGACUCUCCCAGGGUCUUUUCAACAUGAUGAUCAUAUUCAACUCUGUGCAGUCUCAACGAACGGAUCGGGAUUUCUUUUUCCAUGCAAAGCAACGGAAGAGUCUAAUACAACUUGUCAACAACCUAAAGCAGGCAAGCUUCUUUGGAGGCGUGUUCUACUCGAAGGCAGACAUUGCCAAGGCAUUGGAGACUGCGGAGGGGUUCUUGCAAAAGAAGGAACUUCCCAUCAGUUCUGAAGACCACGACUUACUCCGCAACGCCAUCGCCUUUGGUGAAGUUGUCGUCAACAAUCGUCUCAAGGAUGUCAGCAAUCAAUAUCACUCCAUGCCGUUAUAUCUGGAGCACUUUCCUGGGGGUGACCCUGGACAAGCUUGGGCUCUUGAUGGGAGAGGCGGUGCCGGUGAACCGAUUUUGACUGAUGCACACAUGGUGUCAUCUUUGCAGAAAUUUCUCAACCCCUGCAUAGACGCGCCGACUUCACUGCAGCUCAUGAUUGAAAGCGGUCGGUUGCACGUGCAGGGCGAGAUAGAAAGGACAGGAGCGCUCAAAUCAGCUCUGGAAGAAACUGGAGCGAGCAAGGUAGCCGGUCUGGCAGGUAAUACGCCGCUCGGAGAGGAUCACCACGCGAAGCCUAAGUCAGGAAGCCUUCCAAGGUCGGCUCCUUACGUUGAUGCGGAAGAUACAGCUGCGCCAUUAACUGACAUGGAAAUUGCCGAGCCUCUAGCCAAGACUCGGAUUAUUUCGACAGUGUCUGCCAAGUUGUCAUACUUGAUUGACUCCAUCGUCAAGUACCAGGAAGUUGAACAGAUUAUCAUCUUCUACGAGAAUGACAAUGUCGCAUAUUACCUCGCUGGCGUACUCGAGAUUCUUCAGAUCCAGCAUCUGAUCUACACGAGAGUCGGCCUCUCCGCCGAGCGACGAGCACAAUACGUCGCCACCUUUACUCACAACCAGAAGUUCCGAGUUCUUCUGAUGGACAUCAGCCAAGCAGCAUUCGGUCUUGAUAUGCGCAGUGCUUCUAGAAUCUACUUCAUCAGCCCUGUUCUCAACCCACAGGUUGAGGCUCAAGCGAUUGGCAGAGCUCGUAGAAUCUCGCAGCAGAAACCUGUGACGGUGGAGACUUUGGUGCUGUCUGGAUCGAUCGAGGAAGUCAUCAUCGAGCGUCGCAAGACAAUGACCCAAGCAGAGCAUCGCAAAGUUAAAAGCCUGAUCGACGAUAAGCCUAUUUACGACUGGAUCUUGAAUGCCAAGACGAUUCCGCUCCCAGAAUUAGAAGACGGCGUUGCGCAGACGGCUAUGUUGAAGACGCCGCAGUUCGUCUUCGGCAGAGGGUUUGGGCGCGAGCUGCAUCCGGAUGAGGGACUAGUUACGGACAGCCCAGAAGCGAAAGGUAAGAGCAACGAAAAAAGGGUUGAUGUCGAUUCCAUGAGAGACAGACCGAUACCAUUUGCGCUUAUAGGUGUGAAGAGAUCUCAUACUUCCUCGCCGGUCAAUGGAGGCUCCACGACAGAGGGCCGGGCGGCUGUCGAGCUUCCGUCGAAGAAAAAGGCUCGCAUUGCCCAGGCAGACGACAAGCCAUGA